AUGAAGACCAGCCUUAUCUCCAUAGUAAUCCUUGCCGCAGUUGUAACUGCGGCUGUUGAAUCCGGGGGACACUAUAAUACAAGCGAUCUUCCCGAGAUCGUGGUUACGCCUCCAAGUAAUGACAAUAGGCCUAGUGACAACACCGUCGGGCCGAAUAAUGAUAACCUACUGGGACAAAAUCGGAUACUCUACGGUGACGCGUAA